AAAAUGUCUGGCCGCGGGAAGCAGGGUGGCAAAGUUCGAGCUAAGGCCAAGUCGCGCUCCUCGCGGGCCGGGCUGCAGUUCCCCGUGGGCCGCGUUCACCGACUGCUGCGGAAAGGUAACUACGCGGAGCGUGUCGGGGCUGGGGCGCCUGUUUACAUGGCGGCCGUGCUGGAGUACCUGACGGCUGAGAUCCUGGAGCUGGCAGGGAACGCUGCCCGCGACAACAAGAAGACCCGCAUCAUCCCCCGCCACUUGCAGCUGGCCAUCCGCAACGACGAGGAGCUGAACAAGCUGCUGGGCAAGGUGACGAUCGCGCAGGGCGGAGUGCUGCCCAACAUCCAGGCCGUGCUGCUGCCCAAGAAGACUGAGAGCCACAAAGCAAAGAGCAAGUAAAACCUCAAUAAGCUCAAUGAGCAGAACUGCUCAAGGAGUCUUUAAGUGACGAUAAUUACAACCCAAAGGCUCUUUUCAGAGCCACCCACACUGUCACAAAAGAGUUGGGUUGCUUUCUUAACAAAUACGCUU